GUUCACCUCACCUCUACCAGCUCCAUUAAAGACGAGGUAAGUAAUGCCGGUACUACCAGCUCCAGUGGUAGCUCUACUACCAGCUCAAGUGAAGACGAAGUUGACCAGGAUGACUUUAAUUCCAGACUUCGGGUUGUCCAGGUCCUUCGACCAAACAUUAAAUUCCUGUGGGGCAUAGGAGUGCUUGAACAGUCACUGAAACAUCUCAAUUCGACGGUUGAUCAGUUCGGGUCUGCUGUGGACCGCGCCAGUGCUGCGUCACAGCUGCGUGAGAUUCUUCCCCCAAAUUUCCAAUACAUAGAAGACAUUGGGGUAGCGCAGGAGCCUCAAGAACACGCGGCUCCCUGCGCUUCACUUGAAUUCACAUCUGGACUUGACAAACAGGAAGAGCCCAUUUUGCGUGCAGAGAACUACAGUCCUGUCGGUACCUUGCAACAUCAUCAGGUAGGUUUGGAAAAGGACGGGGCUUCUUCGACUUCUGGCCGCACCAGGAGCACUACACAGAAGGUGGAUGCUGCGGAGGAGGACAACCUACCAUUAAAGCUUAGUUUUGGUAGAGUGCUUUCUUCCAUCGAUAAAUUCACACGUGGACUUGACAAACAGGAAGAGCCCGUUUUGUGUCCAGAGAAUUCCACUCCUAUCGGUACCUCGCAACAUCUUCAAGUAGGUUUGGAAGAGGACGGGGUUUCUUUGACUUCCGGCCGUGCCGUGAGCAUUUCACAGAAGGCGGAUUCUGCGAAGGAGGAAGACCCACCAUUAAAGCUUAAUUUUGGUACAGUGCUUCCUUCCAGCUUUAAAUUCACUUGUGGGCUUGACAAACAGGAAGAGCCCAUUUUGUGUCCAAAGAACUCCACACCUAUCGGUACCUCGCAACAUCAUCAAGAAGGUUUGGAAGAGGACGGGGUUUCUUUGACUUCCGGCCGUGCUAGGAGCACUACACAGAAGGUGGAUUCUGCGAAGGAGGACAACCCACCAUCAAAGCUUAGUUUUGGUACAGUGCUUCCUCCCAGCUUUAAAUUCACAUCUGAACUUGACAAACCAAAAGAGCCCAUUUUGCGUCCAGAGAACUCCACACCUAUCGGUACCUCGCAACAUCAUCAAGUAGGUAUGGAAGAGGACCGGGCUUCUUUGACUUCUGGCCCUGUGAAGAGCACUACACAGAAGGUGGAUUCUGCGAAGGAGGACGACCAACCAUUAAAGCUUAGUUUCGGUACAGUGCUUCCUUCCAACUUUAAAUUCACAUCUGAACUUGACAAACCCGAAGAGCCCAUUUUGCGUCCAGAGGACUCCAGUCCUAUCAGUGCCUCGCCACAACCUCUGGCAGGUUGGAGAAAUUUAGUAGCUUUUUGGGCUGCCGGCCGCGCCAGGAGAACUACAGAGAAGGUGGAUGAUGCGAAGGAGGACGACCCACCAUCAAAGCCUAGUGAUCAGGUAGAUCUGAAAGAGGACGUGGCUCAUGCGACAUCUGUGACUGGCAUAAACGGAAAGAGGACAAUGGACAGUGAUGUUGAAGAGCAGCCCCCAGCCAAGAGGAGUAAGGACACUCUUGCUGAAGAGGAGCUCCCCAAAAAGUGGACCAGGGAUAGUGAUGAUGCUAAACAGGAGCCCUCUGCCAAGAGGAUCAGGAAGAUUGAAGCCGAUGAUGAGCCCCCCUCCAAGAGGACCAGGGACACUGUUGCUGAAGUGAAACUCCCAGGCAAAAGGACCAGGAAUAGUGAUGAUGCUAAACAGGAGCCCUCUGCCAAGAGGAUCAGGGAGAAUCAAGCUGAACAUGUGCUUCCCUCCAAGAGGACCAGGGACAGUGUUGCUGAAGAGGAGCCCCCGGCCAAGAGGACUAGAGACACUGUUGCUGAAGAGGAACUCCCAGCCAAGACAACCAAGUAUAGUGAUGAUCCCAGUUGGGACGACGUCCUUCAAAGAAUUGGCAGAAGGAUGGCAUGGAGAUAUGGUGAAGAAUGGGAGAACGAGCCCAUUCCGUCAACCCCUCUGUUCAUUCCCUACCAAAAGACAGACCACGAAGAUCCCAUUCUGUUAUCCCCUAUCCACAGUCCCUCACCAAGGACGUCGUGUGAGGAUCCUGGUCUGUCAUCCCCUGUCCUCAGUCCCUCUUAUAGAAUGGCAUGUAAACUUCCUGUUUUGUUAUCCCCUAUCCACAGUCCCUCACCAAGGACAUCGUGUGGGGAUCCUGGUCUGUCAUCCCCCAUCCUCAGUCCCUCUUGUAAAAUGCCGCGUAAACGUCCUGUUUCGUCAUCCCCUGUCCUCAGUCCCUUACGAGGGACGAUGCAUGAGGAUCCUUUUCUCUCAUCCCCUGACGUCAGUCCCUCACCAUCGACUUGUUGUGAAGAUCCUGUUUUGUCACCCCGUGUUUUCAGUCCCCCACCGAGGAUGCCAUGUGAGGAUCUCAUUCUGUCACCCCGCGUUUUCAGUCCUUCACCAUCAACACACUGUGAAAAUCCAACUUUGUCAUCCCCUGACUUCCGUUUCUGGAAGGAGACUGAAAAGGACAUAGAAGAGGAACAAACACCUUCAACAUCUGGUGGAACUACAGCAAAAGAGAGUUCCAGACACGUGUGGUUCAGACCUCGCUACGUUUUGUCAAGUGACUCUGAUUAGAUUGGGAUCCUUAAAAACUGAAGACCUAAUUGGGAUAUCACAUUAGAACAUCAGCAGGAUGUGGAAUCCUUAGGUAGCGCCUUGCACUGGAGUUUUCUUCAUCUUUGUGAUUUCUUCUCAACUGUCCCAUGUUUCAGGGUGAAUUAGCGGUUCUUCCCCACGCGGUGUUCUCUGAUAUAGUAAAUUGUUCUAUUCUGUUCCUCCACUAAUCCACUCUCCAAGUUUUUAACCUUUCAGGUUUUAGCUGCUCAUCGCUGGAUCCUUUUGUCGUCGUCCAUGUGGUUCUUGUCCUUCUGGAUCCCUUGUUUUUCACACUGCUUGUUGGAUCUCCUCCACCUGUAAACCUCCACCUUCAACACCACCAGUCAGAUAGAGGAAGAUAAGAGAACCCAGUUGACAAAAAAAUUGACCAACAAUUAAAGCAGAAGACCUGAUCCACCUGCUGAUCUACUGGUUGUAACAGAUUGUGGGAAAGCAUCACUGGACCAAUCAGGAGAGAGAAGACAGAGAGAACUGAGGACUAAAACGAAAAUAUUAUUCCUGUCCAACACUGAGCCUCCUUCAUCGCUAUAAAACCUCCUCACCUCCAUCACUGUCAGGGACAUAAACAUCCUGCAGCGACUGGCUGAGGUGGAUGCAGACACUCUGAAGGAACUACAGUGACUCUGCCCUGCCGUUACCACUACACCCCUCAGGUCACACUGUGAGGCGCGUUAUGUGAUCACCACACCGACCCCAACCAGAUCAGCCCAUCUUGACGCGGACACACGCGCUACACCGGAGGAAGCGAUUCGAGCCGUUGGGCUCAGAUUCAGGGUGUGAAGGUGGGCGAUGCGGGCCAGCAUCACUUCAGAUUUGAGACAGACCGACCGCUGGGGAGAUGGACCUCACCUGACACCAUUACUCUGGAUGUAACAGCUCGACUCUCCUGUCAAUGACAACAUCAGUGACUCAAGAAGCAGACAGCAAGGUUUCUGGUGCCUGGCUGGAGACGAGAUUCUGAUUAUUCAAGAGCCAAAACAAAAUGUCACAAUAAACCGUUAGAAGGCAGAUUUGUUUUCUGUUUGUUAUUGUUUUCAUUAUUAAUGGUCCACGACACAAAAUUCAUCAGUGCUGUAACUCUUGAGUUUAAUAAAAUGUUCUUCUUUCAA